GAGAGGCAAAGCAGUGGAGUUUUCGGAGAAACAGAGCAGGAAGAAUUACGCUUUAGGCUUCAGAAGGCCAGAGCAGAGCAGCGAGCUGGAGCUGGUAUGAGGUUAAUGGUCCUGAGUUAAACUGCCACUAUGAAGUCCUUGGAAUUGCUGCUGCCUUUACUGCUACUUGUACGAGAUAUACAUGCUCAAUGGAAUGUUUGGAUGCCCAGGGACAUCUCAGCCAUGACUAACUCCUGUGUGGUAAUCCCAUGCACAUUCAUAUACCCCUCAGGAGUCAGGCCAUACAGGGGCACCCAUGGAAUCUGGUAUUUUGCCCAGCCCUAUCCACAGCUCUUCCCUCCAGUGGUUUACAAAUCUCGCACAGACAUUGUGCAUGAAAGCUACAAAGGCCGUACCAAGCUCCUGGGCGACCUGUCACAGAAGAACUGCACGCUGCAAAUCAGCAACCUUGGAGCUGAGCAUGCAGGGAAGUACUACUUCAGAGCCGAUCUUGGAGGAGCAAACAUUUAUACCUACCCAGAUUUCACUGAGCUCAAGGUGUUGGACCAGCCCAACAUUGACAUCCCAGAAGAAAUAGUCAGUGAUCAGAGCUUGGAUUUGACUUGCUAUGUUCCAGACAACUGUCCUGACAUGACUCCUGAGAUCCACUGGAUGUACACAGACUAUCUCCCUGACCCUCUUUUUACAUCAGACUAUCUGGAGGAAAGCAACACAGCAGUGAUGUCUAGCACACUUACUUUCACACCCAAAGCUAUGCACAAUGGUCAACUGGUGGGCUGUAGAGUCCAGUACCCCAACGCUACUUUUGUCUAUGAGCGUCUCAUCUCCCUGGAUGUCAAGUAUGCACCUCGCAAAGUUUGGGUAAAUGUCUCUCAGGAGGUAAUGGAGGGGAACUCUGUAGUACUUCACUGUGAUGUGGAUAGCAACCCUAUGCCACAGAUUUCAUGGUUAUUUGGGGAUGAACAACUGAUGUCAGAAACUGCCUCAAAUGCUUCUCUUUAUUUGGAGUCCCUGACUGCAGAGCAGGAAGGUUUAUACACCUGUGUAGGGGACAAUGGCUAUGGGACAAUGAACAGCUCCAUGUACUUGGCUGUCAGAUAUCCUCCAAGAGAGCCAGUGGUGAAUGCUUCUCUGGUGGUGAUGGAGGACUCCUCUCUGGCUCUCCAUUGCAGCAGUCAGGGCAAUCCUGUCCCUACACUUACCUGGCUUAAGGAUGGAGAGCUGGUGGGAACCAUAAAAGCUGGAGAGCUGUCCAUACUCGAGCUUACAGAUAUCAACCCACAGACCGAUGGCACAUACCGCUGCCUGGCUGAGAAUGAAUAUGGCCGAGCGAGCAGCUCUCUAAAUGUCACCGUGGAGUUUGCUCCCAUUUUCCUGGAUGAUUCCAAGUGCACCAUAGUGCGAGAAGGCGUGCAGUGUGUCUGCAUAGCCACAGGGAAUCCUGAGCCAUCCAUAGUAUUCUACCUGCCUGACUUCAAUAUCACCAUUAAUGAGACAAAUGGCCGUUUCAACUACUACACACAUUCAGAUGGCUAUACAUCAACUGGCAUGAUCAAACUGAGGGAGAAAGGUGACCGGGAGAACAACGAAGACAUGGGUGUUCAUGUACACUGCAGCAUCUCUAACAUUUUUGGCUCUCAGUCGAUCCGGCUAGAGCUUCAGCAAGAAAAAAAAUACCUGAUGGCUGUAAUAGUGGGAACCAUUGGAGGAGUGGCAGUUAUUGCUUUUAUCAUUGCAGCUGUAAGAUAUGUUGGACAAAACAACAAAAAAGAGAAUGGCAACCCUGGGCCAGACGUGGGCUCUAGAGUGGAGAAUCCCUCCAUGUACUACAGCGCAGUCAAGAAGGACAAACAAAGUCUCAGGAAAAAAGUGGGAGAAGACAGCGAUUACCAGCAUGUUGGCUCGACUGCAGGCAUGGAGAGGCGAGAGCUGAACUUUCUCGGGCGACCCCGAGAGGGAGGAUUGGGAAGGGGGGACGACACUACUGUCUACACAGAGAUCAAAGCUAAAUGAAUCGCGAUCCUUCCCUGAAGCCUCGACCGAAAGGGACACAGUGGCUGCUAGUUCCCAACAAAGUGCUUGGCCAAAUUUGCUUUAGUCUAUACUAUAUAGACUAUAACUUGCCCAAAUUUACCAAAUUUAUAAUUCUGUUGGCUGGAGCCAAUAUUUUAAUCUAUUUUACUGAUGUUUCAGAAAAGGAAGAUUUUCUGACAAGAAGCCAGUUCCUGCGUACAACCAUAUUUAGUACCUCUCAAUCUCACUGUUGCGUUUGGAUGUACCGUAAUGCAACGUAGGGUCUAAAUAGGCUUGCAAGUGAUGUCCUAAAUCGUUGACAGGAUGAUAUUAAUGCUACUAUGUUAAGUACUUGUUGAAGAAGAAUGGGCCUUGGUUGUAUCCCAGAUAUCUUUCACUAGUGGUCAUUGACACUGUGUCCGCAGCAAGACGAAGCAUCAGGGAACGAGACAUGCGGCAUGUCUCGAUGUUCUAGCACUAUCUCCAACUGUGGGUUUGCAGGUAGAAUGUUUUCUCAAAUCCAGAGGAUCUCUUAGCCACUUUCUAAGUGUACCAAGAUAAUUGCUCCGUGAAGUAUGCAUUCUGUAUUUCUAAUGACAUGCCCUAAAGUGAUAGUUAGAGUGUCUUUUAGUUUGUGUGACUCCGCAAAGUAAGAAUAAGGAUAUUGUUUAACCAGUGAAUUUAUCUGAUGUGGGGUAAAGCAAUAGCUGAUUCAUGAUUGGUCAUUUCUUUCUGUACAUCUCAGAAUGAUAAUAAUGAUGAUCAUGAUGUUUAGAUCAAAUAUAUACUUCUGUAGUCCAUUUUCUCCCUGUUAAAUGUUACAUACAAGCUUAAGAGGUGAUUAGUGGAUUCAUUUGCCUUUGAAAAGUAAAACUGAGGGGGGACAACAGCAAUGCAAUUUCAGUGCUUUUGCAAUAUGAAGUACUGUUUUAAAGAGGAAAUGGUACAGCGACAGCUGAUUCAUGAUUGGUCAUGUAUCUGGGUUUUCUACACAUUUAAGACACAGGGCAAUAGGAAUGGACUUUUAUACCCUUCUUUCUUGUAGUCCAUUUCUUGCUGAUAUAUACUUGUGUUUUGUUUUGUUUCAAGCUCCAUUCUGUCUCGUCUCGUUAUUUUAUUUAUUUAUUUAUUUAUUUUUACAAACUCUCCACUCUAAGGGUAAAUUCAGAAUAUCAGCCAACCAAAUGAAGACAGCAGAAUGCAAUCCAACACAACCAAAUACAUAUUGAAAGCAAAGCAGAAGCCAUGUCAGAUUUGUUAAAAUAAAUCCACAGAAGCAUCAUAUUCAAAACUAUCACUUUACCAGGGGUGCUUUAAUGAAAUGUAUUAUUUAUUAUCCUUAAAACAUCCUCUA